CAAUCGUCGGUUUCAGGCAAGGGAGGAGAAAGGAAGAAAGGCAGCAAUCGAUCGCUGUCAUCAUCAUCAAUCAUCCAUCCACCAGCCGCCACUGACCGACCCUUCUGUCUGUUGACCUCGCCUUUUGUGAGCGCACAACAACCAUUGAUCCUUCAUCGAGGAUGGCCUUGCCUGUGUCAAAGGCAGCCGGAAGCGCUGCGCGUCGCGCUUCAACGAUUGCGCGUCACAUGUCUGUUGUUCCCGAUCUCCUUGCGGGUGGAUGGGCAAUGAAACGCAUCCCAAAGGUCCCGGACGACCAUGUGCUCCCCGAGCGGAGUCUCAAGGGGAAAACCUUGUUUGUCACUGGAGCCAGUCGGGGUAUUGGCUUGGCAAUUGCCCUGCGUGCGGCCCAGGACGGCGCCAACGUGGCAAUCGCUGCCAAGACAGUGGAGCCGCACCCUGCGCUUCCAGGCACUAUUUACACCGCAGCAGAGGAUAUCGAGAAGGCGGGCGGGCAGGCGCUGCCAGUCCAAUGCGACAUUCGGUCUGAGGACAGCGUGCGCGCAGCUAUUGACGCGACGGUGGACAAGUUUGGCGGUAUCGACAUUCUCGUCAACAACGCCAGCGCCAUUAACACAUCAGACACUGAAUCUGUUGAGAUGAAGCGGUAUGAUCUGAUGCACACCAUCAACGAGCGUGGCACAUUCAUGUGCACAAAGCUCUGUCUCCCACACCUCAAGAAGAGCGACAAUGCGCAUGUGCUGACGCUGGCGCCUCCGCUCUUCAACCUGGAUGAGAAAUGGUUCCAGCACCACACCGCAUACACCACGUCCAAGUAUGGUAUGGCCAUGUGUGUCCUCGGACACAGCGCGGAAUUCCGGCCCUUUAACAUCGGCGUCAACGCCCUUUGGCCACGGACGACGAUUGCCACCGCUGCGCUGCAGAAUGUGCUCGGUGGUGAUGCAAUGAUGAAGAUUGCGCGCAAGCCGGAGAUUAUGGCGGACGCAGCCCACUUUAUCCUGACGCGUCGCAGCGACAAGUGCACGGGCAACUUCUUUGUUGACGACGAAGUGCUUGCAUCCGAGGGUGUGCGUGAUCUCCAGAAGUACAAGGUGGAUCCAACACUGCCCGACAGUGAACUCUGCCCAGACUUUUUCGUCUGAUGGAACCCACGUUGCAUUGAGUGCAGGGUUUCUGCUUCUUUCAGUCAUGAUCUCUUCUGUUCUUCUUCUGUUGUUCUGUUGUUCUGUUGUUCUGUUGUUCUGUUCUUUCGCUCCUCUCUUCUCAUCACAACAACAACAACAAACACACAAACAAAACAAAACAAACAAACAAACAAACAAACACACAAACACAAGCAAACAAACAAGCAAACAAAACAAACAAAACGCCCGCCGUGACCGUGUAUUCCACGUAGUUUCCCACAGCUUUGCUGGUGAAGAUUUCCGUGAAUUCUGCAAGAAACGAAGAAAAAUUAGCUCGCUCUCUGCGGCACUUACAGGCACUUCCACUGUCCUCCAACAGUCCCCACCAUAAUUUCAC